CCCAGUCUGGCCUCAAACUCACAGAGAUUCUCCUGCCUUAGCUUCCUGAGUGCUGGAAUGACAGGGUUGUGCUUUUAAAUAGGGCUGAAAAGGGAGGCCUCUGAUGUUUGAGAAAAGAGCUGAAGAAAGUGAGGUGGUGUCUUAGCCAUGAAGAAGUUGAGCAAUCAGGAAGUCAUGCAGACGGAGAGCACAGCAAGUAUUAAGGCCCUGUGGUAGGAGCUUCUUUGUCAUUUUUGGCAGCCAAGGAGGGAAUCAUGAAUAGAAGCAUUUGAGAAGGCUGGUAGGUGGUGAGGUAUGGAAAGUACAUAUCCCUAAAUUCUACUGAAUAUAUUUCCAAACCAUGAAAUAUGCAGUAAGAAUUAUAAAAUCCAUAGUCAUUUGGUACUUCUCAAUCAUGCACCAAGACGCCAUCAUAAGGAAAGAUGUGCAAGAUCCAAUUCUUAUCUCAGGAAGGCAGGGAGCUCACAUUUGAAGACUUCUGUCAUGAACUAAGAACGCUUUCUAUAUUUAAUUUACCCAUCAGAACUGUCCUGUGGGUUGAUAAUUGCUCCCCUGGUUUACACAGGAGGACACUGAGGCCUCAAGGUUCAAGGUACGCCAAGAUCGCUCAAUGUGAAAGCGGCAUGCUGCGAUUCUGCUUCAGAGAUCAUGGCAGGUGCUGUAGACCUGAAGAUCAGCAGGAACAUGGUCUGAAGCAAGGAGAGGGAACUGUCUGAGGACCACCACCCAAAGAGGCCUUGUAGUGCCCUUUUCAUAUGGCUAGCUUACCGUGACUACAGCGACCGUGCGGGAGACUGCAAACGGAGUCUCUCACCAUUUCAGCCCAGCCGACACCACUCUGCCGCCUCCCUGACCCUGAAGACAUCAUCGCCAUUUCCGUAGUGCUCUUGCUUUGCUGAACUUGCCGUUUUCCCAUUUAUGUGACCUACUCUGCCCCAGAAAGAACAUGAAGUUCCCUUGGAAAUCACUCAGGAGGAAGGUGGAUGGGCCUAUUUAAGAGAGAGUGAAAUCUGCAGGCCGCAAGUCUGGGGCCCGAGGGCUGGCAGUGGAAAACCCUGUUGGUCUGUGAUCUCUCACUGAAAAGUUCCAAGUGCCUUUUUGCUUCCUGCAAACGAAAGGAAGAGAAGGAAAACACCAUGUCCAUAGCCCUGAAACAGGUGUUCAACAAGGACAAGACCUUUCGGCCCAAGAGGAAAUUUGAACCUGGCACACAGAGGUUUGAGCUCCACAAACGGGCUCAGGCAUCCCUCAACUCGGGUGUGGACCUGAAGGCUGCUGUGCAACUGCCCAGUGGGGAAGACCAGAACGACUGGGUGGCAGUGCACGUGGUGGACUUCUUCAAUCGGAUCAACCUCAUCUAUGGCACCAUCUGUGAGUUCUGCACUGAGCGGACCUGCCCCGUGAUGUCAGGGGGCCCCAAAUAUGAAUAUCGGUGGCAGGAUGACCUCAAGUAUAAGAAACCAACAGCACUGCCAGCUCCCCAGUACAUGAACCUCCUCAUGGAUUGGAUUGAGGUCCAGAUCAAUAAUGAGGAGAUAUUUCCAACAUGCGUGGGUGUGCCCUUUCCGAAGAACUUCCUUCAGAUCUGCAAGAAGAUCUUGUGCCGACUUUUCCGGGUCUUUGUCCAUGUCUACAUCCACCACUUUGACAGAGUCAUUGUGAUGGGCGCAGAGGCCCACGUCAACACCUGCUACAAACACUUUUACUACUUCGUCACAGAGAUGAACCUCAUAGACCGAAAGGAGCUAGAGCCCUUGAAAGAGAUGACGAGCAGAAUGUGUCACUGACCCUCCAUUUCAUCCUUCAGAAGAAAGAAAAGCCUCCUGGAGUCCUGAGCACACAGGGGGUGGACUUCCUGGUUGAAGUGGCACAUCUGCUUCCUGGGGCAAGAGAGCUGGCGACAAGCAGGGACUCCUGGGAGACCUUUCCCACUCAUGUCACGUGCUCUUACCCGUCUGAGUGCUGCUAGCCUAGACCUUCAGACCAGGCCGACCACGGCACACAGAGGGACCAGCCCUGACCCCUCCAGCUUUGGACUUGCCCAGGAGGGGCCUCUGCACAGUUCUGCCUGUGACCUGCCACCUAAGCUUUACUGGAAUUUAGGUUUUGAGACCGAGAUGUUUAUUUGUACCUUUCUACUUCUCCAUUUGGUUAGCUGGCUGGCUUUUCUGUCAUUUGUUUUCUGAGUACUGAGUGAAUUUUGAAGCUUUGGAUGGACAGCACAUUUUUCUGUAAUAAGACUUCCUCUCAGAUCUAUGAAAACUCCUGCUCUGAUCUUGUGGCUUAACAUUGCACAGAGCCAUGGCACUGUGAGAAAUCUGAAGCCAGGUCAGGCAGCCUUGUACCAUUUUCCCAACAGGCCGUUUUAUCGGGGACCACUCCGCGGGCUGGUUUGUCUCUGCCCAAAACAGUCAUCACAUUCUAACUAUAGGGAACAGACUGGUUGUUAGCAGAAAGCUAACAAAUGACCAUUUUGUCCAGAUCAGAAUGUAUUUUUUUAUAAUAAUCAUCAUCCUUGACUCUCCUGUCAAUGUUGCUUCUUAUUUCCCAGGAGAGAGAAAUAGAAGAAAGUUACAAAUGACUAAGAGUGACCAGUAGGAGCCCUGAGCCAGAUUAGUGCAGUGUUUGUUCUUUAUUGAGGGGCAGGGAAUCGUGGCUGUUUCUACAUAAUAUUAAUAUUUCAGUGAUAAAACAAAAGAACAGUUGGUUAUUCGGUGUGAGGAGAUUAAAUUCCCAGUCACUGACUUGUGACUUUUUCUUCCACUCACCCCUCUCUGUCACAUUAUAUCACGGCUCUGUGAUUGUCUGCAGAGGCGACAGUGGAGCCAGAGCUAUCUACCCUCUACCAUCCAUUCUCAUUGCCCUCUUCCAGUGGACAGAAAAAUGCAUUCUGUUCUACAACCUGAUGUUUGAAACCUGAGCAUGGUUAAUGGGAUGCUGCAUUCUCUGAUUCAUUCAUAAAACUUUGUUCCUGGUGGCCCAGCCUCUGACUAGUGGGUAAUAAUACUCCCAGUGACAUGUGAGCUUAACAAAGUACCAGUUGGUGGGGGGGAAGUAGAUAAGAAUGCAUUAGUGCAUCUUAAUGUAAUAACAGUUAAAAGAUAACUGAACAACUCUGAUGUUGCUUUAUUUUACAUAAUGUGUUUGAGCCAUAUGUGGCUGCCAUGAAAGCCUAGUAAUUGUGAAUUCUUUGUGCAAACUAAAAACGCGUUGAUUGGGCGCAGUAGCAUUCUAUGUUGACCUAAUCAUGCAGACGGACCCUUGCUUUAUAUCUCAAACAAGUUGUUCCGCAGAACCCAGAUGUUGCUACCUCUCUCUGUGUUACUGUGCUCUGGUCAACAAUAAAACUUUUUUCCCUCACUAACUUUUAGAGGUCAAGAUAGGCCAAGAUUUUUUUCAGCAUCACUUUUAGCUACCGGAGUAUCUGACUGGCCUAAGGAUCCAGAGAAACAAGAGCCCCUCAGUUCUGACCUAUGCAAUUAUGCAGUACCACGUGGGAAUGCGGGAUGGUCGUACAGAGAAAUUACAGUAUGAAGCUCAUCUUCUUAGAGAGUUUCUGUAGCUCUGUACCCUGGAAAGCCACAGAUUUUUUCAUUUAAGAAGUUAAGUAUGUUUCUUGCAUUUCAAUGAUGAUUAAGUGGGAGAUUAGACUCUGAAGAUAUUUGUCAUUAACUUUUAAGGUUAUUUUUUAUUACUGUGUGUAUGAAAUUUCCACUCAAUUUAAAAAUUUACAUAUUUUUAAACUUCUUAAAAUAAUUUCUUCCUGGUUAUAUUGAUAAUUGCACUAAUCAACUCCUCUAGAGCAAGUUCUGGCAAAAUGCUCUUAUUUCUUAAUUGCAGGCUGAUCCCAUUACUGCAGAACUUUGGCAAAUUCUACUGACAAUCUCAGGUGAUUUCUACCACUUUGGCCUGAGUUCAACUUCCAUGCAUCUCUUACGGCAAGUGGAAGAUCUCAGCUCCUCCCUUCGACGUCUCCAGCCCUGUGGGGGCUGGCAGUUCUGCUGUUCUUUCCUACCUUGGCCCUCGACUCUUUCUUUUUCUACUCCUUAUUUUAUUUUGAGAAAAUUCAAAGUGCAAAUUUCAAUAAUAAAAGAUUACAAGAGCACCCUUAAGUGCAUCAAUUGUUAACAUUUUGCCUCAUUUUCUAUCUUACUGAAAAUACACAUUUCUAUUACUAAACCAUUUGAAAAUAAGCUGUAGUUAUAAGAAACUUUAAGGUGCUUUAUUAUUUUUUCUUCCUAUUAAUAAGAACAUUGUCCAGCCCGUUUUCAAUUUCCAUUAUCACCUCCAAGAAAAUGAGCCGAAAAAAAAAAUGGUAUACCUAGUAUAUAAUCCAGGGUCAAAAUUCUCCAACUGUCUCAAAAAUAUUCUGUAUAGUCUGUCUCUUUUUUUUUCCAUUAAGUUUAUUGGUACAUUUA